AUGCUCGAAACGGGAAGAAGGACCGUGAUUAGUACCUCUCAGCUUGGACUCUAUUCCGAUCACGGCGAUCGAUAUCACAGAAGUCGAUACAGUUCCAUCACGAGGAAACUUGCGAUCGGAGUUAUGGUGGUAGUGACAGUGAUACUGGUUGGAAUAUUUCUCUACGACUUCGCAUCCGCCUCGUCGGUGAACAGUAAAUUAAAUCAGGAAACGAAGCACAUGUACAUCCUGCAAAAUGCUCUUAAGAAACCGUCGAACUUAACGAAAAAGUCGUUGAACAGUACCGUUUCGCCGGAAGUGAAUAGAACGAGCUCCAUUUACAUUCAAGACCGCUUAGACAAUGAUAACUAUGGGAAUCCGUUCCUGUACGACGACACCGGUGCUCAGAAGGUAACCGAUGCCGAGCUCAGGUCGCAGAACCUGGAUAACUUCAAGCUGAGGAAGAGAGUGCUGAAAUCGGUGGAAAGCAAGGUGGACGAGGCAGCUGAAGGGAAACAGCUGUUCGACAAUCAUGCAAUUGUUUAUCGCGUGAGACACAGGCACAAGUACCCGGAAUCGGAGGAAGACGAGAGUUCCGAGGAAAGUCGACCGACACCUUUCCACUGGGAGCUGAAAACGCCGCAGCCGACCUCGUUCAAACGCCCGAGGUACCCUCAGCUGACCCAGUACCGGUAUCCACACGCGUCCAGAAAUAUCCAGGACAUCAUUAAAUACCUGACGAGCGACGCUGACCUACCCAACAGAGGCAUCAAGUUCACAGGCGUGUACGUGAACCCGAAGAAGUACGACCUGUACCCGGAAGCCGGAGAGAUGAUGUCCAAUAGCGACCGAUCUGAAGAGGAAGAAGGUUCUCCCUAUCAGCUGAACGAGGACCCGUUUUAUAGGUACAAACCGAAACACCCAGCUGACGUGAACCUGUUGGCCACGUCCAAUGUCAGAUUUUCACCGACAGGUCUUCACAGAUACAAUUACGACGCCUAUGGACGACCAUCGAGUUAUUAUAAACCGACCUCGAUGGAGUCCAUGUACGAGAACCCGAUGUCUUACCCGAGUAAUUACGGGAAAAAGCGGAAGCCGCAGCCAUUCAGCGUCAUGUUGGACAUUUACCCCAUUACUGACAUCGUGGAGCAGAAUAAAAAGGGGAAUAGACCGAAACAGGUGCCUAUGGAUGAUUACGAGUUGAAGAGACCUCUUCAGUACAACAGAGGGCCGAAAUUUUAUCCUUCACCUCCUCAGUCGAUGACGGGAAUGCCUAACCAACCGAUGACGGAGGAAGAAGAAAGACAGCAGAUGAUAUUCCAUUUGAAUUUGUAUCCGAGAAAGAAGAACAAAAUGAGCAGAUACGACGUCCUCCAGAGAUCGGAAUCCAUGGCGCCAGACGAACGACGACAGUUCGUGGAUAAAGUAUGGUCGCCUUUGGAGACCAUAGCCAAGCAUUUGGCCGUGGAACAGUCGAAAUUCAUGGACACCGAGAAGCCUAACGACGCUGCUACCCGUUACCAGGAAACUCUCCUCGACAACAAAGACGAAGAGGCGAAACACGAAACGAUCCAUCCUCUGAAACAAAGUCUGGACGACGACCAGGAAGAGGCCAUCACCGUUCUUUCUAACCAUAAAUCGAGCAACGAGGAGGAUUACGCCAGCACCGAGAAAUACGACUACGAAGCUCAGAGGAUCGUGGCAACUACCACGGAGAGUGAAUGCGACGACUGUGGCACUACCACGAUUUCGAAAGUCACGAAUGUCAAUAAGACUAAAAGUAACGAUGACUCAAAGGACAUCGACACCGUCGAGGGAUUCAAACAAUUCAGCGACAGCGUUUCGUAA